AUGUAUCUGCAUAAUAGCAUGUCUUUCCUAAAGGCUUGGAAGAAAGAUGUGCCCUUCAUGUCUGGCAAGAAGAAGGGAAAUUGCAUGAACAACGAUAUUAGUAAUAUUUUAGAAAAUUCAAAUGGUACCUCCGCCAAUUCAUCCAUUUCAGUUAGCAAUAACACUUCGACAAAUAAUUUAGGAAAUGCUAUACGGCAAUUUUAUUUUAUAUUGGAUGAGCCACAUAAAAUAUGGAAGCCAAAUGAAAUCGUGUCUGGUAAAAUUGUUUUACAGCUUUCAAAAGAAAUUCCAAAUGUUUCAAUUAAACUAUCAUUAUCUAGUGAAAUUAAAAUUAAAAACAUAAUUACAACUACAUCAAGAUCAAAAAAUUCUGAAGUUUUAUUUGAAAAAAAUUCUUAUAUAUAUGGCAGAGACCUUGUUAAAUUAAAGGAUUCAGAUGUUUCUGUUGAUGAUCCAUUAAAUAAUAGAAUUUAUAACGGUCUAACCAAAGGUGAGCAUAGAUUCCCAUUUAAACUAAAAAUUCCUUCUGGUAAGAAUAUUUUCAGUUCAAUAAAUUUCGAAAGAGGCGCAAUCUCUUAUUAUUUAAAAUCAUUCGUUGAAGUAUUAGAUGAGAAUGGUAAUAUUAAAUUGCUAUCAAAUUGUGACUCUAAGCUAUCAGUUGUAGUUCCAUUAGAUGUAGCUCCAUAUCGUUCCGAAAGAACUAAAACGGUAGUAUUACAGUCUGCUACUGCUAAUAUUACACCAUCAGCUUCAAGACAAGCAAAAUCGAUAGAAGAUGGUUCAUCCUCGUUCAUGUCAAAGCUAACAAAAACUUCAACCAAUUCUAGUUCUUCAAAUUCAUCAAAACAAAAUGGGAACGAUACAAUUGUGGGAACAAAAACAGUUAAAAUUUCAGUUUCAAUGCCAAAUUCAGGUUAUCAUAUCGGUGAAUUGAUCCCAAUAAAAGUAAAUAUCAAGCACUAUAAAGAAUAUGGCCAUCCUGCUGGUAUCAUUACUACAUUAGUAAGAAUAUGUAGAGUUAAUGGCGUUAACAAAGAUGAUCCUAUUGAAACGUUUAGAAAAGAUAUCUGUCAAAGUGUGUCCCCUCUUUAUAUUGAUCCAAAAACUCAUGAAGCAUCAAUAACUGUAUAUCUAAAGGUUCCAUUAGAUGCGUUCUCUACAUUUGUUGCAUUACCUAACUUUUUUACUUUUCAAUAUUAUAUCGAGGUUUUAGUCAAUUUAUCAAAGAAGAAUGUUGUUUUCACAGAAUCUAAUAGAAUAAUUGGUCGUCCAAUAGAUGGAUCGCAAUCUGCAGAUUUUUUGACAUCUAGAAUGCCAGAAAAUUUACAGAACGUUCAGCAGACCUUAUCAAAAUUAGUAAGUAAUGAUACCUAUGUUGACAAUACUGAAAUUGAGUCAAAUAUCUUGUAUCAUGAUUUGGUCAAUAUCGAGCGUUUGAAGAGAUCAAGAAAUGUAGCCGGUAUGUCUAUUGAAACAGUAAUAGGUAGUAUUUUAACAGAAACUGAAGAACAAUUACCUAUAAGCAUUCAAUCAUCACCAAAUGAAGUACAACAAAAUUUACAAGUUCCUCAAAUUCAAAUAGAAGAAACAACUAGUAGUGAAUCAAGUGAAAGAUUAGUCCAAAGCUCGAACGACGGGGCCUUAAAUUCAUGGUUGACAUCGUCUGAACAAUUUGAAGCAAAUAAUCCAGUACCAGUGUAUACUCCAAAUGAACAAAUAGAAGUUUUACCAGAUAAGCAAGAAUUAGAACAAUCUCGUUUAAAGGAAUUGGAAAGUGAGCCUCCUAUGUUUGAUACAGAAGAGUGA